AUGGAUAUCUUCGACGAUGAUCACGACCACCACAUCCCAUAUGUUCCAACCCGCGACGAAUCAAACAACAGCAACGUCAAAAUAUUGUUCAUAUCCAUGGUUUCCUUCAUAGUUGUCUUGUUCCUCGUCUUCUCCCUCUAUGUCUACGCACGCUGCCUCCUAAAGCGCCGAUCUCGCCACCGCGCCGCCGUUCACCGACUCACCCUAGCAGCCCUUCAUGUCUCUGACGUCGACUCUGCACGUAGCAGGGUCGAACCAUCAAACACAGGACUCGAUCCUGCAAUAAUAGCCUCGCUGCCAACCUUUCCCGUCAAAGCAAAGGUUCUGAAAGAUAGUGGUGGCGGUAAUGAUAAUCUUGAUGCUUCAUUGAUAAGGGAGUGUGUUGUGUGCUUAAAUGCCCUAGAAGGUGAAGAAAAAGUCAAGUUACUACCAAACUGUAAACACUUUUUUCAUAUAAGUUGUAUCGACACAUGGCUUGGUUCUCACUCCACGUGUCCUCUCUGUCGAGCAGAGGUUAAACCUCGACUCGAACCACAUGAUCGUGAAGGUCCUGCUUCUCUUGCUCUUGAUGAUGCACCUCUUAUAUUUGAUGGUGCUGAUAGUAACAGUAACAAUAAUGAUAAUGGUGAGUCUUUGAAAAAUAGUGGUUCUAAUUCACGGUUGAGUUCGUUUAAAAGGAUGCUUAGUAGGGAAAGAUCUUCCAGAAGAGUCCAACCACAUGGCCACGAUGAUGCAGACGGUGGUGUUGAUCAUGAUUUGGAGAGGCAAUGA